AUGAUUAAAUUGUUUUCACGCCGUUUGAUUGUCAAACUACUUCUACUAUUAACAGUAGCAUACACAAUUAUUGCAUCUUUUAAUCAAAUUAUAGCAAAAUCAAGCCUACAGGAAUAUCGUAAAUUGUUGACUAAGCAAUUUACGCAUAAAUUUAAUCAACUAUACUACAACUUUCUUGCAUCCGACUUUGAUUUGAACAAUGACGACAAGUUUAAUGAGGAAUUACACACGAUACGACAAAUGGCUGUUGAAGAAGAUGACGAUAUAAAUGAAAUUUGGAUGUUGAAUGAGAAACUCACUGAGAACCUACCAUUAACAGUACCAAUACCGUCAAACUUUGGGCAGCUGGACGACAGUAGCCAACUGCAACUACUACUGCUGAAAACAGCUCCACUUGUUCACAAGUUUGAUCCUAGAUUCACAUUUGGUGCUUAUUACCAAUAUAUUGCUAGAACUCCCCCAUCUAUAGACUCUGAUUUAGCUGUCCCAUUCCAUUGGUCAGAUUGGGUUGACUUAUCAAUACUUGACAAAUAUAUAACCAGUUUCCCCAAAACAGACUUGUGUUCAACUAUAUUUGAUGUUUCUGUUAACGAAGAUUUAAUCAAAGGGUCAACUGUACGCAAAGUUGAAGAGUAUUGUCAAGUCAUUCAAGUGGAGGAAACAGAAUCACAAAUAUAUCCCCAAUUGGGAUUCAAAAUCACCGACCAACCAGGUCAGCAAACUCUACCUAAUCGUGAACUUAUCGGACGUGCUUAUUUGUUUGACACUGCACCUUCGCCAAAGAAAUUGAUAUUUUUAACAACUAAUGGGUCCCACCACGUUGAUGUGCUCAAUCCACAAAAAAACAACUUUAAUAACUCAUUACUUCGCAAUGGUAUGAUUGAUUCACUACCAAUUGACACCUUUAAUGUCGUUGAAGACUACAAAUAUUUACAAUCGCAAAGGCCAGAAACAAUUCAACAGCAACAACAUGGAGCCAAAGGUGGCAAGUCACUUCACGAGUUAGCCAUCCCAGAAUCAAAUUUCCACAAUGAUCCAGAAUCAACCAUCAAAUCCAUGUUGGACAAACAAGAAAAAACGCAAUUGACACUCAUGGAACAGGACUAUUUAAAUUCAAUCACAUUCAGUCAUAAUUGUAAAGACCCGCCAAAGUACUUUUACGAAGCCAAAUUACUUAAAUCAACACCUCAUCAUUGGGAGGGGGAACAUUACGAUUGGCGGUUUUUCCAUGGGGUUAUUUUGGACUCCCCCGAGAACCCCAUCAUUUUGCAUCGAUUAAUUAAAAAUUAUCUCAAUUUUGCUCGUAUUCAUGGCAUAACCACCUGGAUAGCCCAUGGUUCGUUACUUUCUUGGUAUUGGAAUGGCGUUGCUUUCCCAUGGGACACCGAUAUUGAUGUCCAAGUCCCUGUAGCUGACUUGUACAAAUUGGGACGAUUAUAUAAUCAGACUUUGGUUGUAGAAAAUGUUGUUGAUGCCCAGGGUAAUUUUGAUGGAUUUGGUCGUUAUUUUAUUGAUAUUGGUUCGACCAUUACCCAUCGUACUAGAGGUAAUGGAAACAAUGCCAUUGAUGGUCGGUUUAUUGAUGUUGAUACGGGGUUAUAUAUCGAUAUCACGGGCUUGGCUCUAACUGAUGCUCCAUCUCCUAGUCGCUAUUCAUUAAUUGUUCCCUUUUUGGAUAAAGACAAACAAGUUGCCAUUAAGAAUGCCGAGUCCUUGCAAGAAGAUGGUACAGUCCAGCAAAAUUAUUCCAUCAUCAAUAAAGAAUUACAAUUGUACAAUUGUCGCAACCAGCACUUCACAUCCUACCAAGAACUAUCGCCAUUGAUUACAUCAACUUGUGAAAAUCAAAUUGCAUACAUUCCGAAAAACUUUAUGCUGAUUCUAAAUGAUGAAUACAAUAUUAACUCGCUUUCAAAUAAACAGUAUCGCAAAUUCACCUACUUGAACAAUUUACGUCUAUGGUUCCCAACAAUUUUUAUCAAGCAGUAUCUUGGCAUAAAGGAUAUUUGGUUGGAAGAAUACGAUUUCAAAUUAAUGACAAAAUUGAAUUCAUUGACUGAGGCUGAUCAUUUGAAAAUGUUGGCGGGCAACAGAGCACUUUUGCAAGAAUGGGAAUUGACGAAAAACUUUACCUUGUUGCAUCAACAGGAGUUGCAGCUUAUAUUUGAUGGCAAGUUUGAUAAAGCGGGUGAUUUGAUCAAUGAUAAUUUGGUAGGGGGUAAUGGCGUGGGCAAAGCUCUACGAGCAGAUUAUUUUAUGCACAAGUUGAUGCUGAGUGAGGCCGGAAGGUGA